GUAAGCAGUGGCUACGCCUCGCCAGGCUGUAUAUUUCAUAUCGUCAGUGUGUGGACGGAGCACUGAACGAAGACGAUGGCGUGUGGUCGCUUUCCGACGGCAGGGUUGCUGUUGUGGCUUCUGGCAGCACAACUGAUGGCGUCUGCGGGCAGCGAUACGUCCGAUUCCAUCUACCUGCAGGCCAGAGGCUUCCCGCCCGUGCAGUGCAGCCUGUGGGCUGCCGGCGCCUCCGGAGGCGACGGGCCCGGGAUCGACUUCUGGAUGCGCGGCGUCGUCUCACGGCAGCUCUACGGCUGCCGCCUGGACGCAGACGACGAGAUCCGCCAACAGACUUUGGCGGCCAGUCGUAACGGCCGCCUGACAUUUCUGCCCGAGUGGAGCGUAUUGCUCAACAGAGGAGGCUCAAGGCAGUACCCGGAACUGACCACCUCUCCGACGCCGUCGUUCGCCUGCGUCACCGACGGAGCGGGAGGCCCCAGCCCGCUGCCGGCCGCUCUGUUCCCUCUACGGGCCCGGCGACGCACGGUGGGAAGGGUCGGCCAGUGGCACAAGUGCGUCCGCGUGUCUGCAGGCUACCACGCCAGCCCCUUCACCGCCGGCGCCCCUCUGGUCAGGGUCGCUUUCCGGGGCGGCGCGCCCACCAUCGUCUGCGGGAUGGGCGACCCUAGCCGCAGCGCCGUACCCACCGUGCAGCUGCGAGGUCUCCUGGGCGCGCCGUACUCCUGUUUCUUCGCGUCAUACCUGGACUUCCCGGCGCUCAAGGGUCCCCCAGUCGGCCUGGUCUUCCAGAGGCAGAUCCUCAACAAGUGGACGACCAAGGAGUCAGACACGGAUGCUGCCGCGUUCCUCCCUUUCCAGUGCUGGCCGGCCGACGACAGAACCGACACUUCUGUCGACUUCGACGUGGACUUCGACGGUAAACACGCCCAACGGUGCCGUUUUCAGGGAGACUGUCCACUGUGCGGUCAAGAUGUGUCACCGACGCAGCCCUCUACAGUUUCCUUUACCGCUACAGAAGAGUCAGCCAGUCCUGACGAGGCAACUGUCACAGUAGCCGCGGUCGGCAGAAGAGCACAUUCCCGUCCAAGAAAAGUAAAGGCACCAGGUUCCAAGCCACUUCUGUUUGAACGUCGUCUCUGCACUUACCACUCCCUUGACGAAAACAAUAACACUGUUGUGCACCAGAUAUCAUGUUUUGGAUAACUAUUCUACAAGCAAACUGUGAUAUGUGAGUCUCCCCCCCCCCCCCCUCCACUCCAUACCCAGCCCACGCCAACUCUGACGUUUCUUUUACCAUUCAUAAGAGUGGUGAGCUAGUAACAAGGCAUGUGCACGAUGCUUUCAGCGCAUAGUCGAGAAUUCCCUUGCACCGUCCCGCCAUACUCCGUCUUUGCUUCACGUCACACGCUUCAAGCAUCACCUGUCCUGGUAACUGUCAACCCUGGGGUAAACGCUACGUUGAGCCAGCUAUUGACUCUACUUAAAACAUUUAUAUGUUCCGAAAAUUAUCUCUGUUGUUUGUUCGCGUUGAAAUGUCCGCUUGGAAAAAUUGUAAAUGACUGUGCUUAAACUGACACACAAUAUUUUUAGUGCAACGACUUUCAUAAAUCCCUACAAAAGAAUGGCCCUGACUAACAAUAACCUAUAUCUUUCAUGAAUCAUUUACCUCACAAAAAUCUUCGUUACUCAAACUACUGCAAUACAGCGAGCGCCAAUACUGCCAGCUAAAUAAAAGAUUGUAACUAAUGAAGGCACUGACUACUGAUAGGCAUAGUUAGCAAAUGAAACAUUUUGAUAGAGAACAAACAAUGUAUUUACCUUAAUAGUCAUAAUAUAUAUAGCAGUUCAUGACAUCCAGUCUUACAAAUUUCAAAACACCACCAUCUCUCUCCCCACGUCCACCACUGCUGGCGGCUCACCUCCAACUGCGCAACGCUACGCGCUGUUAACAUCCAGCUGCCCAACACUACAAUAGCAAAUAUUCCAACAAUUCCAACCAGCCACAGACUGCACACAGCACAGUCAUUGAUUUUCAUACAGAGCGCUAGGUAACGUUACCAACGUAAAAACCUAAGCAGCGUACUUACAACGUUUACUUUUCAUGUUCGUUUUAAGUCACUUAAAAUGAACACUACAGUAGUUAAGUAACUUCACCAUUCAAAAAUUAACAAAAGUCGAAACUAAAUGUCUCCAAAAAGACAGUCGUGACAGAAAGACGUUAUUGAUUGCGUGUCCCAUGGAAGACUGCUCCUCGCUACGGCAUAUCGCCGUACCAUAUGCCUUCUUACUGCAAAUAACUCUAAUUCUGUAUUCUCUUUAAUUGCACUUAAUAAACUCAGAAUUACAAAUCUCUGGGAGUUCGUGAUCACCAAAUCUCUGUGCCUUUACCUCUUCGCUACAGUAAACGUGCAAAUUGAUGUGCUUCUCCAUUUCACAAAUUAUGCUUGUAAUUUGUACGUGCUCGUUCCUAAACAUCAAAUCGUUUUCUUUUAUAACACCUUUUUGUUUCAUGCCUGUUAAAUUUCGAGUGUAAUUCACACUGGAUACACACAGAACAUGGUCAUACUUUGAUCCUGUCGGCAAAUCUCGUAGUAUGUAAGGGGAAAACUGGUAAAAUCCCUAUUUCGUUUGAGAUACCGAUUGAUCAAUAAAUACAGUGAUCAAAUAUGUGCAUUAUACUAGACUAGCGGAACGUAGUUCUUAAAAUCCUAUUUUACAUCUUGCCAGAUCACUUCAGUUUCACCUGAAAUUGUGUAAAAUGUAGACGCUGAUUCCGAAAGAAAAUACACUUCUUGAAUGUAGUGUCUGUUGUCAAAUUUACAAUUCCCUUCUAGGUGCAACAGGGAAUCUUGGAUAUACAAGAAUAUGUCUAGUUUAAGAACAAUUUUUCGAGUAAAGUCUUUUCCAGUUAAGCUGUUAUUGUAGAAAAACAUUAUUCACAAACACAUAGAACAGAUCAUUAUCGACUGGCAGGAAUGUCGUUGACUCCCACUAAAUAGCUUUUCUACCAAAAUGUUGGAUUCACUUUCCGUCUGCCAAAUGUAAGAGCAACUGGUAACCGGCACACAUCCGUACAACACAAACGCACUCCCUCAAUCGUACUACACAAUAAUAUAUUCAAAUAAUAAUAUGGCUCAGUUUACAGUACCAGAUGAAUAAAGAUGAGUGAUGAAAGCUAUUUAGCAACUAAAACGUUUUUGUGAGCUUGCUUGUAUAAUGACCCAUGAUAGCAGGCGACAGUGACAAGUAAUUCUGUAUAACAUUCAGUAUCUGGCACUUCAAAACUAUUUGACAAACGUUAACUGUAUUCUGCUUAUAUGUAUGAUACAGCAAUGGAAUUUAGUUUGAACGGAUUGUCGAAUACUGUAGCCAAGUUAUCAGUCAAAUAUUGCUCUCUCUGUACGUUCUUGUUUGCCUUACGUAACCCCCUACAUCAGACGAUUUAUAUUUUUUAAUGUGUAAUUACAAAUGAGUUCAUUGUCGAAACUGAUUACCUUUUCACUUUUCAAUUAGUUUUAAUUCUGAUUCUACUUUAUUAUUUGUUAAGUGCAUUCUCAUAAAUAAACGUUGACAUACUAAGUUCUCAAUAGUUGCGCCAUGUUUUCUUGUAACCGUUGAGUUUCUUCGAAGCCUAGGGAGAUGUCGGAGAAGAUAUACCUUGGGAUGCUGUAGCCUCGUUCAUGCUGCAAUACAAGAUGCUACCGUUGCUACUACAAGACAAAAUGGACGAUAUCGGUAAUGUUGUAUCUUGAUGUUUAACAUUCGUAAAGAGCGAAGUAAAUGCAGUGUGGUGGAACUUUGUUCUGGAAAUCCACCGUUCGACAGUUUGCGACAUGCUGUAAGUCUCAGCAUUCGUGAUGAACGCUAAGAUAUAAAUUUGAAGUCCAAAUAGUGCCUAACGCUGUCAACAUAGUCUGAGAUUAUUUGAUCAAAGCCAACACAUUCAUUUUAUUCCACUGACACAACCCGCAGGGCCCAUACAGUCCACAAGCUUAUGUAUUUUCAAAUUUCAGUCUAUUGCUUAAUAUUUCAGUCUCUGCUUAAUACAGUCUUGAAGGUCAAAUCGCAUUUCGACACACUUCUGCUUCUAAUAACACAGUUCGCAGUUCUUAUCAGAAAUUGUAACUUAUUAAACUUCCAUCUCCCAGACAGUUCAUGUUCACGCGCGUAAUCUUUUAAUAAUCUGCUCCACCCGGAAGGGAUAGAGCGGGCUGCUUGAGAGUUUAUACUGGAUGACAAUUAUUGAACUAUAUGAAAAAAACGUAAAUUGGUUACAAACUACGGCGUCCACAUGUAAACGUCACUACAGAUAUUCAGAUUCACGUUAUGACAUGUUCGAUAUGCCUCCCAUCAUUAGCAAUGAUGUGACGCAGACGAAUAGCGAAAUUCUGUUCCGCUGAAGUUUAGGAACAUAGUUGAUGUCGAUGACCUCCUGAAUGCCUGUUUUCAGCUCAGCAGUGGUUUUGGGAUUAUUGCUGUACACCUUGUCUUUAAUAUAGCCCGACAAAGAGGAGUCACAUAUGUCCAGAACCGGAGAAUAUGGCGGCCAAUCGGGGCCCAUGCCAGUGGCCUCUGGGUACCCCAGAGCCGGAAUGUGGUCCCCAAAGUUCAGCUCCAGUACACCAAACGCCGUCCGCAGUGCCCGAGCGGUUCUAGGCGCUUCAGUCUGGAACCGUGCGACCGCUACGGUCUCAGUUUCGAAUCCUGCCCCGGGCGUGGAUGUGUGUGAUGACCUUAGGUUAGUUAGGUAUAAGUAGUUCUAAGUUCUACGGAACUGAUGACCUCAGAUGUUAAGUCCCAUAGCGCUCAGAGCCAUUUUUUGGUACGCCUAACAUUCUCCUACUUCGAUGGGGUCGAACUCCGUCUUGCUUGGACAUCUUGUCGGAACCAGGGUCACUUUGGAUAACGGCGAUGAAAUCAUCUUCCAAAGCCUUCACGUACCGUUCGGUAGUCACCGUGUCGUCAAGGAACAUCGUACCGGUUAUUCCGUUUCUGGACAUCGCACAGCACACAGUCACGCGUUGGGAAUGAAAAUACUUUUCGAUCCCAAAAUGUGGAUUGUCAGUCCCUCAAAUGCGCCAGUUUUGCUUACUGGCGAACCCAUCCAAAUGAAAGUGGGCUUCGUCGCUAAACCAAACCAUACUAAUUCCCAUAAUUCCCCGCGGCCAAACGUGCAGUUUGAACGUCCUAACGCAAACCAUUCAGAAGUUGUGACGAUUUUAUUUCAUAUAUUUCAAUAAUUGUCACCCUGUACUUUUCUCUUUUCAUCCGACUGCCAACUGGAGGACAGGGUCUAGGUUUAUAUCUUUAUUUAGUUACGUUGCUUGCAUGAGUUCUAAUUUGAGAUUUUCUUUUCUUCUCGACCUUUGUGGGACGAUGGGGUAUGAGCUGACUUAUGUUCCCAGUUGGAAAUAGAGACAAUUAGGGAUAACUCCUACAUUGUCUUACUGCCAAGGAAAAUAUUCCACACCCUCCACAUGGUCGUAGCUUUGUGAAAUACAACCAUAAGAUUAUCAGUUGAACCACUUCCGAAUCUGCUAACAGUACAAUGCAAAUUCUUUUAACACAACGCCUCUCAAACGAAUAGAAACGUACACAUAUCGCGUGUAGAACAUUCUCACUCGCUUCCUCCUUCCAAUACGGCAAUUCGUAUUUUUCUGCUACAACAACAUAAUAUCUCCAAUCUUAACAACAUUUUACAUCGGGUGUCCCAAGCGGAAAGAUCCGUAUUCAGGAGUAUCUCAUGGACGAUCAUCCGCAACAAAAAAGUCUUGUAAACGUGGCUGUAAAAUACCUUAGGAGCUAUGAGUACUUCAGCAAUCACUGCUGUGAAACGUAUCUCUUUUACUGAAAACUCACUGCGUUUCCUAAUGAGGGAGGAGGUAGUAUGUGUCAUAACAAUGAAAAAUGAUGUAUUAAACGUGAGCUCUAAAAUGUAUAUCUUAAAAGCUAUGAGUACUUGUUCAGUUGAUGAGAUGUGUUUUAUAGUAACGAAUAUGAGCAUGUGCUCAUAGCUCUUCUAAGGUAAACAAUUGAGAGCCCAUGUUUAUUUGAUUUUUUGUUUUGUUUUGGUCUAUAUUACUUUUUUUGUUUUGGUCUAUACUACCACCUCUCAAAAUAUGGAAAGCAAAGCGUUAGCAAUAGGACAAAUUCGUUUCACAGUAUCUAAGGUGAAUAAGUGUUCAAAACUCUUAAGGUAACCAUUUUAGAGCUCAUGUUUACUAGACAUUUUUGCUUCGAAUGAUUGUUUCUGUCAUAUCCCUGAAUAUUGGACAUCCCUUCUGGGACAACCUGUAUAGAUAGAGAACAUCCCAAAGUGGUCAGUUGGAUUACGUUCCAUACACAGCAAUAUUUUCAGACCAUAUUAUAAUUACAACCAAAAUAAUAUUUACAAAUGUGAAAACAGAAUACAAUUUUAUAACAAGGUGUACAACAAAAGUGAAUUUACACAAUAAAAUUGGAGAUAGAACUAAUAAUUGCACAUUCACUUCUAUCCGUAUACGUUAAUUUCAAAAACAUAUUUUUAUCCUAUUUUUGUGGAUUUUAACAACAAGUAGACCAUAUGAAAUAACGGUGAAGUAAUUGACGUACAGUUCCGGUUAAUUAGUCCGCAGCUCGUGGUCGUGUGGUAGCGUUAUCGCUUCCCACGCCCGGGUUCCCGGGUUCGAUUUCCGGCGGGGUAAGGGAUUUUCUCUGCCUCGUGAUGACUGGGUGUUGUGUGAUGUCCUUAGGUUAGUUAGGUUUAAGUAGUUCUAAGUUCUAGGGGACUGAUGACCAUAGAUGUUAAGUCCCAUAGUGCUCAGAGACAUUUUUUUUUUUUUUGCACCGGUUAAUUAGGAUUUUAAAUCACACGUGCACCAAAUACCCCCUGGCAGCAAAGGCCGGGAAAGCCUACACAGUCUCAACAAAUACUCUUGUUGUUUGGGAAAGGCAUCUAUUGUGAAGAAUAAUAGAAAUCUGCAUAAGUGCAGAUACCAAAGGGAUAUCGCACGACUACCUUCGCACAACAAUUGAAAGAAAUUUUGACAAAAAAGGUAAAAAUAAGAAAUAGUUAGAAGUAUUUGGAAUAAAUGAACUGAAUCUGUUACAAUUUAAGGUUCCAAAUUACUUAAGAACCGUCGCCAACUUACUGUAUGACCAAAGUUACUCUAUGAUUAUUCAUUGUUUAUAAACUGCAAUUAAGAACUAAUCAUUGAUUUGUAAUCAGGUGAGAACAGAACCAAAGGCACGGACUCGAAUUCAGAUGUAAAAACACAGUUAAUACCAUGAAUAAAAAUUACAGUCAGAAAGCCAGCAGAAUCAUUUGUACUGAGCAAAUGCAUGUUAAAGUUAAUUGUUUGCAAAAUAGCUUCUGUAAUGAAUAGCUUUGCGUUACUCACUGUAAUCCUAACUGUUAUUGAUUUUAGAAAUGCAAAUGUUCAUAUAUGUGAUGGGAGAACGUAUUAGUAGACACUUGUUACAACCUCGCGACUUAGACCGUAUGUCUGUGCAUCUGUGCAUACAAACAUUCAGAAAAACACACCGUUCGAAGAAGGCAAUGGCACAACACUGGCCUCAUGAUUAAAAUUUUCCGUGGUUUCCCUAAACUGCCUGAGACAAAUGCCGCAUGUUAACUUUGAAAGAGCCCGCCCUAUUUCUCUCCCAAUAUUUUCCCAACAUGAGCUUGUCCGCAGGCUCUAAUGACCUCGUCGUCGACUGGGCGUUAAGAACUUCUCUCUUCUGUCCAGGAAACGCAUUUCCUUUGAUGUAACAUGGAAUGCAUCACCAAGUAGUUAACACGCGCCAAAAUAUUACGAAGGCUCUCACACAAACUGAUUGCGUCAUCGCCCCUCUAGGUUUUAAUAUAAUAUUCUCUUUUUUACAUAAUUGGCUUAGAGAAUUUUAAAAAUUAGGAAAAUUGCUGUAAUUCUGCUUCAAAAGAUAAGCUAGAUAUCUAUCCGUUGAUUUAUGUUAGACAGGAAGAUAAAUGAAAUGUCUGCAACACAACGACCAACAGAGCUCCCUGCACUUUCCUUGACAAAAACUUUUAAUUUCAUAGGCGUAUCUGUCUCGUAACGUUGUAACACUACGACACAGUGCUUAAUACAUUAAUCCUGUAACCAUAAUGUAACUGUGAUAUAAUUUCUUGUAUAUCUACGUUUCAUUACUUUGUUAAUGUUCUCAUAUAAUAAAA